CGCCUGUCGAGGCGCGCCCGGUGUUUCGGCCCGGCCCCGCAGCCGCGGGCCGGGGCGCUGCGGCCUACGUCGUACGAGAUCGAUCUCCUGCCGCCCCGCGCUCGGGGAGCCCCUGCGGCCACUCCGGCGAACGAGACCGGCCGUAAUCGCUGUCGCCUCCAACGACUGCCCGACCCCCGGACCGUCUAGGCGACAACUCGGCUGCCGUGCAUCGCCAUGUACGGGUUCGUGAACCACGCCUUGGAGCUGCUGGUCCUGAGAAAGUUUGGCGCCGAAACAUGGGAACAGAUCAAACGGGAAGCCGAGAUCGAGAUGGAGGGCCAGUUCCUGGUUCGACUCGUGUACGACGACGAGAUCACCUACAGCCUCGUGCUGGCGGCGGAGAAGGUCCUCGGCAUACCGGCUGACGAGAUCCUGGAGAUGUUCGGGCGCAUGUUCUUCGACUUCUGCCAGGAGUCCGGCUACGACAAGAUCCUGCAGGUGCUGGGCGCCACCCCCAGGGACUUCCUGCAGAACCUGGACGCCCUGCACGACCACCUGGCCACCAUCUACCCGGGCAUGCGCGCCCCUUCCUUCCGCUGCACCGAGAGGCCCGGCGACGGGGCGCUGCUCCUGCACUACUACUCCGAGCGGGAGGGACUCGAACCCAUCGUCAUCGGCAUCGUCAAGGCCGUGGCGAGCAAGCUGCACCACACCGAGGUGCAAGUGGAGCAGCUCCAGGGCAAGGAGGACGGGCUGGACCACGUGCAGUUCGCCAUCCGUGAGACCGGCCAGCGGCCGCGCACGCCGGAGCCCGAGCUCGAGGACUUCCUGGACGCCGAGUCGCUGCAGGAGAAGAAGAUCAGUCCGGCCACGUUCUGCCGCGCCUUUCCCUUCCACGUCAUGUUCGACCGGAACCUGAACGUCGUGCAGGCCGGCACCUCGGUCACUCGAGUGCUGCCCACGCUCGCCCAGGAGAACAGCCGCAUCUCGGACUUCAUGGAGCUCGUGCGACCUCACAUGGAGCUGACCUUCGACAACAUCCUGGCGCACAUAAACACGGUGUACGUGCUUCGCACGCGCGCCACAGCGGGCCAGACCGGCGAGCGUGCAACGCGCAUGCGCCUCAAGGGCCAGAUGCUGUACGUGCCGGAGACCGAGCUCAUGCUGUUCCUGUGCUCUCCGAGCGUCCUCAACCUGGACGACUUGAACCGGAGGGGCCUCUACCUCAGCGACAUACCGCUGCACGACGCCACGCGCGACCUGGUGCUCCUCUCCGAGCAGUUCGAGGCCGAGUACAAGCUGACCAAGAACCUCGAGAUACUCACCGACAAGCUCCAGCAGACGUACCGGGAGCUCGAGGACGAGAAGAAAAAGACCGACAGGCUCCUGUACUCCAUCCUGCCGCCGUCGGUCGCCAACGAGCUCCGCCACCACCGGCCCGUGGCCGCCAAGAAGUACGACUGCGUCACCAUACUAUUCAGCGGCAUUGUCGGCUUCAGCGCGUACUGCGCCCAGCACUCGGACUCCAAGGGGGCCAUGAAGAUAGUCAAGCUGCUCAACGACAUUUACACGACCUUCGACGUGCUCACCGAUCCCAAGAAGAACCCGAACGUGUACAAGGUGGAGACUAUCGGUGACAAGUACAUGGCAGUGAGCGGUCUGCCAGAGCCCUGCGAGAGUCACGCGCGAUGCAUCGGCCGCCUGGCGCUCGACAUCAUGGACCUCUGCAAGCAGGUCAAGAUGAACGACGACCAGAGCGUGCAAGUGACGAUCGGCAUCCACUCCGGGGAGGUGGUGACCGGAGUGAUCGGGAAGCGGAUGCCGCGCUACUGCCUCUUCGGCAACACCGUCAACCUGACCAGCCGGACGGAGACCACGGGAGAGAAGGGGCGCAUCAACGUCUCCGAAGACGCAUACCGGUGUCUGCAGCAACCACAGAACGAGGACCCGACGUUCAAGUUCGACUUCCGGGGACCCGUCACGAUGAAGGGCAAGAAGGAACCGAUGAAGGUCUGGUUUCUCUCCAGGAACCUCGACGCCAAGCCAGCCGCGUAACACGGGUGUCGUCGCCCGCCGUGGGACCACACGCGGGACCACGCAAUGCCGGAGAACGAUGCAUUCGGACGCCACGCCGCAGCAGAUGUCGCGCGAUGCGUCUCCCGAAGUGACUGUCGCGAAGCGAACAGCUGCAACCGACAAAUUCUCCCUCUGUUGCAUGUUUGCAGCCGUAGAUUCGAUAUGCCGUGCGUGGGCUCCUUUUAUUCAAAUGCUGCCUUUAUGUGGCACAUUACCAGCGCAAAUAAUGGACACGGAACACAAUGUAUAGAUAUAAGAGUUAUCAGUUAUGUUUCGAGUUCGUAAUUGGCGCUGGCACUGAUACGUCACACGAUUCGAGCGAGUGUAACUAUAUAGCCCAGCUGUGUGCGCUAAGUCCAGAGCUUCGUUCGUUGUUGUUGGUCAGUGUUCUGGCAAAGAGCUUGUCUUAUUUUGUAUAUGUGUGCCGUCGAUGGAAUACCACCCCAGCGAAAGCACAUUUCGGGACCUAUAUGAAAUGUCCAGAUUCCUUCUUUUUAUGUUGUUCUCUAAAUUGGCUUGCACACGACCGACAUAGUUUACAGAAUAUAGUUUUUUUUUUUACGC